AUGUCCACGAAGGCUGAUUUGCUUCGAGCUCGAUUCUCUUCAGCACAGGUCCUCAGUGUGACCAAAGGAACCCCUAUCAAGGCGUACCUCCUGCCUAGCACUGAUGCUCACCAGAGCGAAUAUUUGGCUGACCAUGAUUUUCGCGUGAAAUUCCUUACUGGUUUCACUGGCUCGAAUGCUUAUGUGGCUGUGACAAACGACAAAGCAGUGCUAUGGACGGAUGGACGGUAUUUUAUUCAGGUGAAUUGUUUAGCGAGGCAGGCGGAGAUGGUGCACUACAAGGGCGAGUACUCGUUUCUGUCUGUGCCAUCUGUAGUAUCGGCUUUUGCGAACACCAGCGUAAUUUUACGGAACUUUUUUCGAAAGAGUAGUAGUGCCACUUUCGUCUGGGGGGGAAUGGACAAACCUGACUUGAACGCGAACUGUGCGCUCAACUCCUAG